AUGCUGUUGAGCAAGAAUUACGGGACAGAAGGCAACACGUUCUUGGUCACUAGUGGGUUGGGAUUCAUAGGCUCCGCCUUAUGUCUUGAGCUAGUCUGGCAAGGUGUGAGUCAGAUGCGAGCCUUUGAUCUCCGACCCACUUCUCCAUGGUCUGAUGAUCUCAGUAACCUUAGAGUUCACUUCAUUCAAGGUCCAUCAUCCUUUGUUGCAUUAGAAGAGGUUGUCAAUAAGGUUCUCUCAGAGCCAAUUAGACCACAUUUUGCCAUUGCAAAUGUUAUUGGCAGUGGAGUUGAUUUGAGUGAAAGACUUAAUUUUUUAGCAGCAAAACUUGGUUCCAAAACUCCAAUUAUUGUGUCUUGCGCGAGUGGAAUCAUGGGAAGAGAUGCUGUUACUGAUGAACAUAAGGAGGUGAUGAUGGAUGACUUUUGGGGUGAUGGCGAAUCCAAUUCAGAUUUUGGUAUCAUUUUGACUGUGGGGUUUCUACCAGGACUAAGAGUUGAUGCUAUCCCGCUGGUGCGACCAAGAAAGGCACAUCGAGUGGCAAUUAUUGAUCACUUUGUGAUGAAUAUCAGGGAUUAUGCAUCUUCUGUUUCUGGUUCAACAUCACCACUUGCAAUUAUGAUGUUUGGAGGCGAAGACGCUGACCUGAAACCUGUCAUGGAAAAGUUAGAUCAUGCCAUGCCAAGGGAAACUAUCAUUGUCGGUGAUGAGAGAGCCCGAUUUUUGUACAGAAGUGGCAUAGAAUCAAGAUAUAUCUAUGGGAGUGGUGGUUAUUUUUCUGAUGCAGUUGCUCUUGUAUUUGCAAGGGAUCAAUACAGAAAUUGUGCAGGUGCAGGGCAAAUCCAAUUCCAUGCUGUGCUAUCAACUGGUGUUUCUGCAGUAGGUCCAAGGUACAAGGCAGUAUCUGUCAAAGAGAUUGGAUUUGGGACAGGUCGUAAUACAUGGCUUACUGCCAGAAGAGAAGGAGAACAGGAGAUUCUGGAUGGUCAACGGAUUCUAGAUGAUGUCAAUAAUGAGUUUGUCAUUUAUGAUGCUGAAAGCUUAUGUAUGGAUGUGCAACAGUUGGCAAACAAUGUUGGAUGCCCUGAUCUGUACAUCGGGGUUACUGAACAGAGAAGAUGCUUUGUUGGGUCGGAGAAGUCAAGAAUGAUGACAUUCCUGGUUUUCCAUGGAGUUAUGGGGGGAGAUCAGGAGUACCUUUUUGCUAAUGGAGUUGGUAUCAGAACUGGUGACUAUUUCCAAUUUUACCAUUCAGAUCCAAGCACUGCUUUAUCUUCAUGUAGUAAUGUCUCCAAGUAUUUCAGAAACCUGAAGCUAGACUGGAGUUCUAGAAAAUGCUGUCAUGCAGGUAGUGUUGCUGAUAAUGAUGGUAACAAGGAAGUUGUUGGAGGUUUUGUUUUCUCUUGUUGUGGCCGUGGCGAAUCAUUCUUUGGACAUUGCAAUGUUGAUAGCUCACCAUUCUUGGAUAAUUUUCCUGGGGUCCCAAUGGCGGGAAUAUUUUGUGGUGGGGAAAUCGGGCGUGGCUUUUCAAAAGCAGAUGAAGGCGAAGAAGAUGGGACUUUGCGUUGCUGUCUACAUGCGUAUAGCACUGUGUAUCUGUUGGUUUCUUAUACUCCAGCACCUCCAGAGCAUUAG